ACCGAAACAAUGUAGCGAUUAGCGGUUGACGAGUAUGUCAAAUCUGAAGCAGAACGAUAUGGAAAUUCCAAACAAUACGAAAACUCGAUUAGAACCUAAUACCAAGCAUCUAUUAUCAUUUCCUCUUUCAUUAUGUGUGUUAAUAAUUAUUUGCAAUUUUUUGUCGCUCUCUUUGACUCUCUAGACUCCGUAGCAGCUUUUACUGAUAUUUUAAACAACGUGUUAAUAUUGUCAAGUAAGAAGCGAACAAAUAAGAAUUCCUUCAAAAGCGGCAUCAUUUUCGAAAUGUGAGUAAAUAAGGGGUAUAAUUUCUGUAUCUUGCUGUACCUAGCGUGCGUCGUUUACUUGAGAACAGUACAGAGCAGUACAGUACAGGAGCGGAACAUCGAUGAAAUUUGAUUGGUUGACAACUUGUGCUACUGUGGUAGGGAUAAGAACUGUAGGAAACAGGUAGUUCUUUCUCCAGAAAUAGAAGUUUCAAGAUUCAGUAUUUAAUAGAUAGUCGAAGAGUUUGUUCAUUCGUGCGAUAGCGCAGUUUUAGUAAAUCUGAGAAUAUACAAUAUACAAGAAUAAGAUAUUAAAUCUUUGUUAAGAUUCCACUUGAAGAGUUGGUGUGCUGUUGAAUCGGGACGUGAACAUCCGAUAUCGGUUUUAAGACAUUUCUUCGGUUGAUAAAACGUUUCCGGCCGAUUCGACUUCGUCGAAUUAUUCAACAUCGGCGAUUAAUUCAAUAUCGGCGGACGAUUCAGCCGCUGCAACGUCCGCAGCAAGGCUGGUGCCUUUAAUAUCACCGAGACCUUCGACGUCGUCAAUGCUACCAAUAAUUCCCAAACCUUGGAUGUCGCCAAUGCAACCAAUAAUUCCCGAACUCUGGAUAUCGCCAAUGCCACGAGUACGCAUAAUACGAAGAAACAGAUAUAUAUCCUGUCCUUAUGGUUUAAAAUAUCAAAAGUCAUUUGAUUAUAAUGACCAUCGAUUUUUAAGACAUUCACGAACCCCGUCGGCAUAUCAAUUUAGCCGUUUGGGACUAAGAGGAGUUAAGGAACCAGAAAAAUUGGAAUAUACCAGUUACAAAUCCAGAUUAAACACAUUCGCAACAUGGCCUACACAUCUAAGGCAGACAAGUGAAGAAUUAGCCGAUGCUGGUUUCUAUUACAUGGGAAUAAUGGAUUUCACUGUCUGUUACCAUUGUGGAAUUGGUAUAGGAAAUUGGGGACCAGAAGAACAUCCAUGGGAACAACAUGCAAUUUCGUCUCCCAGCUGUAAUUACUUAUUAACAGUACGGGGUUUCAAAUAUCCUAAUAAUGUAACAGGCCAAGAGUUAUAUGAAUCUUUUACAGAAGCACCAACACAAAUUGCGAAUGGGAAUCCUGAGAGAUCCAAUAGUGAAAAUGAUACUAAUGAAAUGACUCUCGUUCAGAAAAUUGCUGCUGCGAAGGAAAAAAAUCGAACAUUGAAAAAUGCUCGUUUGUGUAAAGUUUGCACGGAACGAAAAGCAACAGUUGUAUUCCUACCUUGUGGACAUGUAGCAACCUGCGACUACUGUUCACCGGCACUUACAAAAUGCAUAAUUUGCCGAGGAGAACUUAAGGCGACAAGUAGUGCAAUUUUUUUGUAAUGCAUGCACAUGUAUAUAAUUAUGUACAUUUGUAAAUUAGCUUAUUCAUAUCUCUUAUAUAAAUAUAAAUAUAAUUUUUUAAAAAUGACGUACAGUCAUUAAAAUGUGUGAUGUAUCGUUAAAUUAAAUGUAUAUAUCAGGAAAUGAUAAUUUUUUUUAUUUUUAAUAGUAUUUCUACAGUAAUUAAUAAAUAGAAACAUAAUACUAAAUUGAUCAAAUACAUUUUUUCUUUAUAUUUUUGGCUUUUUUUGUAUUUUAAGUGUAUUUUACUUAAUCAAACAUUAAUUCGAAUUAUGUACCUUAUUUUGUCUGAAUAAAGUUAACUUUUUCCGCAUCUAACGAAUUGUUUUUUAUUUUACUCCCCUUAUUGUCAUUAAAAAUGAAGCUGUUUUAUAUAUAUAAAUAUAUA